UGGUGAAUCGGAUAGUUUAAUAGUUUCAUUUGACUUAACGUGUUUUAACCGCAAACGUAUACUAUACGAUGUUUAAAUUUGAAAUUUGAAAAAAUAUUUGCAUUGCUAAUCAAUCCUUCUAGUCGCAAUUAUAACGAUUUUGUUUAUUAAGAUUUGCUGAUGACUGACAUAUAAAUUAUUUAAUCAUAUUCCAUGUAAUACACUAAGUAAUCACAAGUAAAAUUAAAAGCCAUCUGAAGGAUAAGAAAGCAUGAGACUUCAUGUGAACUUCUGCAAUGUUCAAAUUAGAAUCAUAUAUAACUCCUGUUAUCUUGAGUUAUGUUGAAAAAUAUGUCAAGAACUUUAAACCAGAGCAGUCACAGGUUUCCUUGUGGGGUGGGGAUGCAUUAUUUCAAAAUCUUGAUUUACGGCUGGAAGUUCUGGAGGAACAACUAAAUCUUCCAUUUACUCUUGUCAGUGGCCACAUACAUGAAUUACUGAUUCACGUGCCAUGGGUUAAAAUCACAUCAGAACCUAUUGUUGUUACCAUUAAUACCAUAGAAUGUAUACUCAAAUUGAAGGAUCACAUGCAAUCAGAAAAUGUUUUUUCAUCGUCUUCUUUCAGAAAAUCAGCGGUAUCUCAAGAAGAAGCUCCACCAGGCUAUAUAAAAAGCAUUGUCACAAAAGUUAUUAAUAAUAUUACUAUUAAUUGCAAUAAUUUAAUAUUAAAGUAUGUUGAAGAGGACAUUGUUCUUAGUAUUAAUGUUAGAUUUUUAUCCAUGCAAACUGUUAACGACAAAUGGGAACCUGCAUUUACAGAUAUUAGUAACUAUGAGAUGAAACUACAAAAAAUGAUCAGUAUCCAAGAUUUAACGUUAUGCCUCGACAAGAUGGACACUUCUGGCAAAAUAGAAAUUUAUCAGGAUCCAGUUUUAUAUCGAUGUUCAAUGACAAUACGUUUGAUUAUGAGUUAUCACAGCAAUACUGCAAAACAAGCAUCAAAAGUAAGGCUUGAUCUACACUGUCAAAAAAUGGAAUUUAGUAUCACAGAGCAGCAAAUACCUAUGAUAUUGCGAUUAGUUGCACUGCUUUCAUAUUUACAAUCUGGGCAGUAUUCUUCAAAUACAAGAGAAAAAUCUACCAUUUUAGUGGAUGAAAGUGAAAGUGGUUCAAAUGAAGAUGCAAGUCAAGUGGCUAAUUUACCAGCAGACAAUAGCUGGGGUAUGUGGGCUUGGAAUACAAUGUCGGCUAUCCUACCAUUAGAAUGGGACGGUGAAUGGUCUAAUGAAGAUCGCUUGGCUUAUGCAGAUAACGUUAUACACUGCGGUUUUUAUAUUGAUGACGCAACAAUUACUUUUAAGACUGUGGAGAGCGUGAAGGAGCAACUGUUUUAUAAGUCUAAAAAAAUUAAGUAUAAGUCAUUUUUAUCUCUUCGAUUUUCCGAAGCUGUUCUCGAUGCAGUUUUACAAGGAAUUUUUAUGACAAAUUUCACAAUUGGUUUUGGAACUAUUCGAUUAUAUCCACGUGGAACGUGUAGUUGUGGAUAUUUAGAAGUUGUCGACGGGAUGCAGCCUCCACUGUAUUUAAUUGCUGGAGAAAGUAAUAGUAAAUAUUUGAAAGAUACGUUGUUUGACAGCGACACAUUAGAGAAUCAAGGGAAAAAGAGAAUUUACAAAAAAGACGUGUCUUAUAAUCUUACAACGUAUGCAGUUCCAAUGUUGUUAGAAAGAUGCCCUGCUUUUUGUAUGAAUUAUAUCCACUACAUGGAAGCACCUGGAGACUGCACUCCUGAAAACAUUGCCGAGUUUGCAUCGAAUUACGAAUAUAGUAAUUUCCACGAAGAGCGAUACAUUAGAUACGGUGUAGGAAAUCUUACAUUGAGAUUAUGUUCCGGCCUGCUUCACCGCACAGAUGCAAUCAAACAAGCUGCUGACAAAUACGAUUAUACUCCUCACGUUGUACCAAAGCCAUUGCCAACAUUCGAGGAAUUACCACCGGUAACAGUAGAAGAAUACGAUGCUUUACGAGAAAAUACUCCCGUGGUGAAGACGAGUUUCUACAUUACAAAGAGCGCAAUUCAGUUUCAGUUUGCCGAUCAUCGUAUUACGGGGCUAUCUAGGCAACGCAAAUUCGCUGAAAGCCGAAUAUUGCCAUUAGUGCCAUCCUUAUCCGACGAUCCGUUCUUCAGCAUCGAAUGUGACGUGAUUUCGGCAACAUUAGAGCAGCCACUCUACGCAUUUAGACUAAUUGCUUGCGCGUCAAAGCAAACCGACAUUCCAGCCGAGAUGCUUGCUCAAUGUUACCGAAAUGUUGAAGUUCAGCUACAAGGAAUUAGAAGUCAAGUUUACCUCAAAACCAACUCUCGUACGUCUAUCAUCACACCUUCCAACGCAGAAUACAGUUUCCGUUCGCUGCUUUACAGUGAUUACUGGAAAAAUCUUAACACGAUCCACUACUCGCACAAUUUGAAGAUUGACUCUCUGACUAUCACCGGCACCAAGACCAAAAUUAUGGUUGUAAGCUCCAUUAUUGACUCGCUUCUACACCCCAUGGAUUCCAACAAUCCACUUUUGUCUUCUUCACUUUUCGCCGAUGCCUGCAACGAAAAAAUUCCAGUUUUUAUCGAGCUAUGCUUAGAGAACAUAACUCACGAGGGCAUUUCAUCCGCAUCGAUAACAUCCGGUACAAUGAGUGUGAAUUCCGUCAAAAUGUUCGCUCACAACGAAAUUCAACAAGUGUUUAUACUGUCGGGGCCUGAAGCAGACGAUCAAAGUGCAAUCGAAAACCAAAAACUAGUUAAUUUAGUACUGCAAUUCCCAAAAGAUCCUGAAAACCAGAGUCAUCCCACCUUUUUAUCCCUUCAAAUUGCCGCGAUGAAUGGUUGCUUUGACCCUUUGCUUCUUCAAUGGCUCGACUAUCGUGUAACUUAUUACAAGCUCAACACUCCACACUUGAUUCGGUUUGACAGCAUUCAAACCACUACCGACAACACAUCCGUCGAGAAUACAGUCAGUCGUAAGAAAACUUUUCCUAGUUUACACGAGAGUGUUCACAGCUCGUCGGACAAGGAAAAGUUUAGAAUGAAAACUGACGAGUUAAUGCGUGGCGAUAGCUUCAACGAGUCAAACGAGAUGACAGAGAAAACGAGGAUAGCGGAGAGAUUGACUGAGUAUCAUCCAUGGUGGAACAAACUGAUUUUAAUUGGGACUGUGGGAAAUCUCACGGUUUACAUUCCAACGAAGAGUAUUAGUGGAAUUGGAGCUGCAGGGAUUGAACAAGCAAAGGAACAAGCUUUGAAGAACGAUACUGCUUUGAAAAUUUUAGUGAUACGAACGCCGAUCUUUAAUGUGCAUUCCUCGAAUAUUCAACCAGACGAAUCACUCUUUCAAUUACACAAACUUCCCGUUAUAAUUCCCAAAAAAUUCAAAAUUCAACAGACGCACAGUUUCCCGUGGACCAUUGAAAUCUCUAACUUCGAGUGUUUUACAUUGAAUAGCAAUACGCUGAAGAAUUUUAUAAAGAAAGUUUAUUUCAAAGCUACUUUCGACUUAACUGCCAAAAAUUCAACAAUUGUCGCAGCGAAAGAAAAGUUUGCAGCAUUGAGCCUAUGUUUAUACGUCGAUACUUCACCUAUUAUCGUUUCUAUAUCCGAAGAACAAGUAACGUUUUUAUACAAUACUUUUACAAAAAUCGCAAGUUUGAUACAAAUUUCACCAGUGCGCAAGAUAAGCGAGCCAAGUAGGUGUUUGAAAGAAGUUAAAGAUAUAUCCUUAACUGUGCCUAGGAGUUCGUCUAGUCCAUCACAGUUACCGUAUCCCGAAGACGUCACUUCUACAUCUAGUAUUUCUGCCGCUAAAGAUAAUUCGACCCAAGAUGAAGAUGACUUGCAACUCACAGCCUGCAUACAAUGGACAAUAACGAAAGUAGCUGUGAAAUUAUACGUGAUGGGAGAAUCCGAUUGUGCCACUUUAAAAUUAGUACUGGAACUCGAAGAUAUCAUUACCUCCGUAGAUGUGCACUCGGUGUAUUUCAAACUCAAGCACAAAAUUACUACUGGCACAAUUUUACACUAUAAAAGGAAUCCGCAAGCACAAAACUGGGAUUUCGGCGAUUACGUCGGUAUCAUACUCUGUGGCAAAGAUGAUAGCUUCGAGAAAAGCGAUGAUUCGGGUUUUAUGAGCCUAACUCUGACGGUUGCUAAAUCUGGAAAUGUACACACACGAUGGGGUGCUCGCAAGAACUGUAAACCUCAAAAGAAAGAUGCAAGAACUGAAGCUUUGCAAGCAACAAAUUCCUUCAUAACGGAGGCCAUCGUAAGAAUCCAAACGAUUGACUUGAUCCUUCCUCCCAGCGUUCUCGCAAAAUACAUGCAGUUCGCAAGACCAUUUUUUGAUAAAAAAACACAUGUUGAUACUUCAGCCAAAACUUCUAGAAAUGCUUUAUCACCCUUUGCCAGUAUGACUAAUUUAAGAAACGAUUAUUUACCGUUGGUUUACCUUGAAUUCAAAGGAAUACGAGUGAUGCUACCUGUUACCUCGGAAUCACUUAAAGAGUUUCAGCACGAUUUAUUGAUGUUACAGUUGGACGGUAUUCGAAUAACCCCGCAAGCAGAAAAUCCAAUAUGCAGAUCACCCUUACGACCUGAUAUUUACCAGUUGGCUGCGCAAGCGAAUAUUUUGAAUGUACCUGGUUCGGCAGUGGAAGAUCGUCAGUAUCAAAUAAAUGUGGAUGGUAUUUGUGCGCAUACAACCACUUGGAAAGAUUAUCAGCAGAGUGUCACUCAGCAAAUGUCUCAGUCGUACCUGUAUACAAUGAACGAAAAUCCUGCAGUAGAGUGGAACAAAUUGGGAAAUGGUAGUAGCUUAGAACCGCAUUUCUCAACUUUACCUGUGAUAACAAGGUUCGAUGUUAGUUUCAUAUUAGCGCCAGUCGUCGUGUUCAAACCUGAAACUAUGGUGUGUGCUAGCGCAGCUGAAAUAAAUUGCUUAACUGAUCUGGAAUUCAUGGUUAAUCUCGAUCAAAUAAAAUUGAUGACGAUUCUCAGCGCUCAGUUGACCGAUUUAACUAUUUCCGAGGGGUACGAGCAAAUGGAAAUAUAUACGACACCGAGUUUUACUAGGCGAACUUCUGUCGCAUUAGAUUAUCGUAGUAACUUUCCAAUUAGACAAGCGAUUGCCGAGUCCGAGGUUGAUUAUGCUAAAGAUAGUGGGGUUGAUUUUGAGAUGUUGAGCAUUAACUCUACUAAUUUUGAGAAACCUCUACAAGAAACAUUGGAAUUCAUGCCAUUUGAAUUUUUGAUAAACUGUGGUAAAAUUACAAUGAUCAUAUACGAUAUUAAGAAGCCGGGUGAUUUUCACUGUGAUAUUAGUAAAAGUAAAUUGGAAAAAGACGAUGUAAUUAAUCUAAAACAACCACUUCUUUACGCGAUGGCAAAUCAACCAAAUUUCUAUUUUUCGCAGCAAAAUUUCGAUAAGAAACUGCAGGUUUCAUGCUUCGACAUAGCUUUGCAAUUGGGUGACAAAUUAGCCGAAAAUUCGUCGACAAUACCUAAUGAGUCGUGUUUCAAAGUCUGUCUCGUUGAGACAAAAAGUGGUGAAUCUCAUCCAGACACAGGAAUACCGCCGUCAUUUCUGGUAGUCAAGUGCGAUAUGGUUGUCGGUAAGAAUCUACAGUUUUACGUUGAAAUUGGUCGGCCAACGAAACUACACGCUUCAUUAUCAAGAUUGCACGAUCUGCUGUACAUUAAAGAUAAAGUAUUUGAAUAUGUUACAAGUGACACAAGCUCCAAACGCGUCGAUCUACCUGCCUCAAUGCCAUCAACACGACCUCAAAUAUCGAAAACAAGUAUUCCAGACAUAACUAUCAGUAGCAAGCAACUAGUUUUCUCAUUUAAGUCCGAGUCGAAUUCUGAAUUGUUGUUUAGCCUCGCUUCUUUGUCCGGCAGUUUAACUACUAUUCCUCGGCCAGAACGCAUUUUCAGCACACUCAGUUGUGACUCGUUGGUCGUUUCCGCUCUGGUAGAUUCGAGACUGACGGUGCUGUUGAAUCCGUGCAGCUAUAAUGCAAGCGUGAACUUUGUCAAAGAAUCUUGGCUGACCACCGGCAGUGGUCCAUUGAUUCAAAUCCAAGCGGAAAGCGAUUGUUUGUAUUUAGAUAUCGGACCGAGACACAUACUAUCUGUAAAGGAUAUUUUGGGAGAUGUGGGUGAGAUUCUCGCGAGAUUGAAAGCUGAUGAUGAAACAAUGGAAGUUGACGAAGACGAUGCUAUUGGAGUUACAAUGCACGAGCAACAUUACAAGGACGAUUUGAAAUCUGGAGCUUUUCAAUUCGUCGAUGGCAAUUCCGAUGAACUUCCUUUUCCCUAUCAAGUUGUAUUUUCAACAUCUCCAAAGCAUACCAUGGCUUGGCGAUAUCCUCAUCCACGUGCACUCACGAGAAUCCACGUCAGUCCAGUUCCCAUCGAGAGUCUCGAUGAUAGUGACGAGUCGGAAGAACGUGUACCUUGCGCCAUCGAGUACUGGAGCGACACUCAUCAGUCGUAUCAGCGCUACGUAGACUUCUACGUCUCGGAAACCGACAGCUACCGUUUAGACUUACCUGACCGUACACCUCUUCAAGCAGUAGCUUGUACUUGGCGGAUAACAUUGUUACGGUCCAGUCGAUUGUCUAGCAAAGCUCUGAUAGCUUGUCUCAGAGUAGACUCUUACUUCAACCCACGAAUCGUCCCGAGGGUGCAAGUUGCACUUGCCGUUAAAGCUAUUCAAGUAUUAUUUUACAAUCACUUAAUAGAGAGAUUCUACGAUAAUCUACCGGUACCGUUGGAUAAAUUCAAAUUGAAUGGAAUGAUCCCCGAGACUCAGUGUUUCGGAUUGUUAGAGCAUCGGAACGCGCAUUUCCAUUUCAACGGCUGGCUAGAAAAUUCUCAGCUGCUCAACGUCGCUGGUGACAUUAGACUCCACGUGUUGGAUUACGGAUUACUUACCAUGCAAGAAGUCCUCGACAACGCGAAUAUCACGGCUCAAGUUUCGUUGAUCGACGGUAGCGAUAUGUCGCUUACGUUUGACGCGUUUUCCAUCAAACUCAGUCCGUCGACUUUUCACACUCUCGCACUCUCGGCUCAUCUGUGGAAUAACAUGUUGGGCCAGGACAACGGCAAGAUGCUGGUUCUUACCACGAUAUACGUCAUCGCCAACGACACGAACAUACCGAUUAGGUUCGGGCAAAGCGGCACCGACGACAGUAUUUUGCUGGAAAGUCGGCAGUGUCACUUUUACUCGUGGCGAUACGCUGGCAAUCAAGUUCUCCGUAUAUCCGUCGAAGAGAACGGAUGGUCGUGGAGCAAGUCAUUCACAGUGAACGCCGACGAUACUUAUGACGCCGACUUUCCAAACUCGUCUACUGAUAUGGUCGUUUCCAUCUGCAUCACUUCACUCUCGGCGUCUCAAAAGCUCGUUACCUUCUCAGGACAAUUGACCAUCUCGAAUCAAAUGACCGAUGGCUUUGAGAUGCGUCUUGUCAAAUACGACACAACGACGAAACAACGUCCUGUCGUCUCCAGGGAUAGCUAUCACAUACCAGCGAAAAGUCGGCCACCGUCGAUUGUACUGAGCGACGGAAAUAGCAUGGCUAUGAGGUUGAGAUUCUCUGGCAUGGCGAACCUUGCUUGGACGGGUGAUAUACCGCUUGAGUCUAAUUCGAGGUGGGGUCAACCUUGGCUCGUUAAAGUGCCUUUACAAGAGAAGGGACAGUUUAUUAGUAUUUGGGUACGAGUAAUCGUGGAGAAAAUCAACGGUAGGAAUAAAAUUCUCGCGAUAAUCAGUCCGCUUUACAUGAUCCGUUCAUACCUACCAGUUUCGGCCAAAGUUCAGAUAGAAACUCCAUCUCUAAAAGUAUCCAUGAACACCCUGGUCAACGGUUGCGGCGAGCGUCAGCAAUUAUACUGUCCUGGAACGUUCGAGCAUUUUCAUCAACUCACAUUCCAGAUAGAAUCUGGCGUAUCCGCGUCGAAUCCAUAUGUACCGCUAUCCUACAGCUCGGUUGAUCAACGUAAGUUCUUCAAACGCCCAGAGAAGGAAAAUAUUCAAAUGAUCCUUUCCGAACUGGAGUCGUUGAAAGAUGAGCCAAAGUGGCCAUUUCAAACAGAUGAGUUUCGUCCAUGGAUACCUGCAGAUCAACCGCAGACUCACGUCCAAGUGAAAUAUGUGGACGCAGGAUUGGCAUCAAGCACUUUGCUGUUGGAGCUGCAACCUUGGGCUUUGAUGCUGAAUUCGUUGGGAACGCAGGUUUCUAUUUUGUCGCAGGAUGUUGAACUGUGUCGUUUGCCACAUUACGGAAUCGUUGCACCACCCAAACUCGAGGGGACUUUUCACGUUGGCGUAAACAUAAGCGAUACGUUUUAUAUGUCAUCUCCGUUGCAACUAGUCAAGCCAGAUUGGAGUCAAAGCUUUUACAUGCCUCGCGUGCAAGGUUUGAUCCCAUUGGAAGGCAACGUCAAAUCUUAUAUCGAUUGCUGUUCAAGCAUAUGCAUGUUGAGCAUCAAUUCAAGCGUACACAAAGACAUGCGCGUCAUCCACAUAUGCAGCAACUAUGCGAUUGGAAAUAUGACUAAUAUAGAGUUGCGUAUAGCGACAUUAGCAGUACCGGGGUCACUUACUAAUUUGAGCUUGUUGAAUGAUCUUAUGCCGCAGAGUAUUAAUGUUGAACCUUUCACCGACCAAAAUCAUGCCAUUCCAAUAAUAGAGUGGAACACCGUGUACGGAAAAAGCGAAGAGCCAUUUGUAUUAUACAUUUCUCUGCAGAUAGAGAAUGCAUCGUGGUCAUGUCCAAUUCGAGUGGAUCAAAAUUUGAGUAGGCGAUGCGUUGCUAUCCCGAAUGAUCAUAGUACUAUUCCCCUCGUGAUAACAACUCAAGAAGAUAAAAAUACUGUCUACAUUAUGGUCUACGUGGAUAAACAUCCUCAAAUGUACAUCGAAAAUACAUGUUCAUUCGAAGUUCUAGUCGGACAAGCCAACGAAGAAUCAGUUGAUACACUGCCAGAUACGCAACAUUUCACUUGGAAAUGCCAUAUUAAGAGUAAAUAUUCCUGUCACUACUCGAUGCCGACUUUGGGUAGCAAAAUUCCAGAUUUACCCAACAAUAAUGAUAAGCCUGUGUUAAUGUUGAUAUGCGCUCUACCGAAUGCUGAAGAGCAGUUUGAUAAAGACGAUUUAGGCAAGGAUAGUUAUAAUUGGUCGAGGCCGAUUGAUCUGUCGUCUUUUCCGUCAGAGCAAGUGGUUCGUCUUCAAAAUUUCGGAGACAUAAAGAUUAUCAUGCGAACUGUUUGUUAUACCAUUUUCAUACGCAUAACUUCAAUGUCUUCUACGGAAAUCACGGCUCAAGAAAUCCGAAAUAAAAUCGAGAAGAAGCAGCUACCGCCUCGAGAAAAUGAAUCUGUCAUGGAGGAUUCGUCCUUCACGCAAGAGGAAGAAAGAAUACCUACUAACAUAAAAAGACCUGGCAGUUCAACAUCGACGACAACGUUCUUUUCCGCUCAAGACGAGAGCCUCGAGACCGACUUAUCUGUCUCACCACGUGUAAACGCAUCGUCCGAAAUUCAUCGCCAUGUUUUCGUCAAUCACGAAGACGAUAAACAACAAAAAUUGCGAAGCUUCUCGGCGAGUGUCUAUCUACAAGGCAUUUCGAUAAUAAUAAUGAAAAAUGUUAACGGAAACGCACAAAGAAUCGAAGUUGCAAGUCUGAGCAUCACCGACACGAUACUAAUCAUGGACUCGAAGAGUGGUAUUAGUAAUUUGAGUGUUUACGUUGGGGAUCUACAGUUGGAUAAUCAGAUGUUCGAGCACGGUGGAUUUGAUUUUCCUGUAGUAGUGAUCAGCCAGAAACCAUUUGUCAAGAAGGAUGUGUCGAUUUAUUUGAGUAACAGUUUAAAGAAAAAUAUCAAAAACAUUGUGGAGAAUUCUUUGUUAACUAUCGAUCUUACCUGGGAGAACAACGGCAACGAUAGAGUCUGCAAGGAAGUAGCUGUGAAAGUAGCCCCCAUAAGCGUCUACGUCGAGGGCUCCUUCGUAACUCUGCUCAUGGAUUAUGCUACGUCUAUCGUUCCACCGUGUUUUGUCUCCAUCACACCACUGAAAAAUCCCGUCCAAUUGCAGACUUUCAAUGACAUUCGCAUUCCUGACCAUGUUCUCGUCGAUUCAAGAAUAAUUAGUCACCCACUUCGUCUACAAAGUUUCGUUAUCGAGCCGAUGUCGAUUUUACUCAGUGUGCAUACUGCGGUACAUCUGUACGUCGCAUUCGAUCAUUCGCCAUUGUACUUCGAGGUUUUCGAUAGGAAGAAUUUGGUCAGCACUCCGUACAGAUUGGGCAAUGCCCUAGCGAUGCACUAUCUGUCUGGCGCUAUCUUUGGAGUUGGUUGGGUUGUUGGCUCGCUAGAGAUUUUAGGUUCGCCGGGAGGCUUAGCACAAGCACUUGGUUCUGGCAUCAAAGAUUUUGUGUCGAUGCCAUUCAGAGGACUUUUGCAAGGCCCUUGGGGUUUCAUUGUCGGCGUUACUCACGGCUCCGCGAGUCUUGUUAAGCAUAUCACAGCUGGUACUGUGAAUUCAGUAACGAAGCUGGCGUCGAGCGUAGCGCGCAAUCUCGACAGGUUGACGCUCGACGAGGAGCAUCUGCAACGUCAAGAAGAAUUCCGACGUACGAGACCUCAAGGUGUCGCGCAAGGAUUAUAUCAAGGCCUGACUGGUUUAGGCAUGAAUUUACUUGCUGCGGUAGCUGGCCUUGCGCAUCAUCCUCUUCAGCAAGUGAUGUCAGGUCAAACGUCGACCAGAGGUUUAGUCGCUGGAGUCGGCCUUGGAUUGGUUGGAGUUGUUACGAAACCCCUUAGUGGUGCUGCUGAACUAGUCGCUCUUACAGGGCAAGGCUUGCUGCAGGGCACUGGAUGGAAUUCCAUGCCAUUGCCUCGUAACAGACCUUUGGUGCAAUAUUCAAAUGGCUCUUCGGUCACGUCUCUUCGUUACGCUUGGCGAUUAAUGCCUUUACUGACAAAGAGUCACGACAGUAUUCUUCACGUUGCCAGUGCCGAUUACGCACUCCUUCAGAGUGGCAAUCGAUCAGUUACUUUGGUACUGACGCGACAGGCGCUUCUAAUUGUUAAUGUGGCAGAGGAUAGCGUAGAGAAAAUUUACUCAUUGAAAGACUUGGUUGCUGCUGAUCAUUCGUCCGAGACGACGAUGUUAAGACUGUAUUGUUCUAGUAACUCACCUUCACAAGAGAGGCGGAAGACCGUUACUGUUGAGCAGCUUGAGGUUCAUAUGGAUCAAGUGAUGCGAGCGCGCGUAGCCGAGUUUCUGCGCACGAGUAGUACGGGAAUAGCAAGUGUAUCAACCAACAGCGACACUCAAUCCGAAAUUCUGGACAGCGUACCAACAGAUCCAGAAAACUACUUAACUUUCUAUAUAAGCUCAGAUUCACUAGGCUAUUUACUAUCGGUGUUCAACGUAGCUAAAAGGCAGAAUCAAGACCACGAUUUCGCGGUGAUCUAA